GAUGCAGAGGAUAUUUUAGUAAAACUGGGCCAAAUUCCCGCCAAAAGAAGCACAUUCAUAUAUGGCGUAUAUUAUUUCAAACACCCUUUCCACUGAGAUUCCCAGAUUCAAUUUUGAAUUUUCAAGUGAGCAGUGCCUUCGUUGAAAAAAAAAAAGGAUCGUCGCCAAUGUCGAAGAAACGAGGUCUUUCAUUGGAAGAAAAGAGGGAGAAAAUUCUUCAGAUAUUUUAUGAAUCUCAAGAUUUCUUCCUCCUUAAGGAGCUUGAAAAAUUGGGUCCUAAGAAAGGGGUAAUCACUCAAUCAGUUAAAGAUGUUGUUCAAAGUUUGGUUGAUGAUGACCUUGUUUCAAAGGAUAAAAUUGGAACAUCUGUAUACUUUUGGAGCCUUCCUAGCUGUGCUGGAAAUCAGUUGAGGAAUGUGCAACGGAAACUCGAAUCAGAUCUUGAGAACAGUAAGAAGAAAUUCGUGGAGCUUGUUGAUAAGUGUAAUGAAUUAAAGAAGGGGCGUGAAGAAUCUGACGAAAGAGAGACGGCCUUGGCUGAAUUAAAGGCCAUAGAAUUGAAACAUAAUGAGCUUAAGGAGGAGAUGGUACAAUAUGCAGACAAUGAUCCAGCUGCAUUUGAAGCAAUGAAGAAAGCAAUUGAGGUUGCUCAUGGAGCAGCAAACAGAUGGACAGACAACAUUUUCACUCUGCGGCAGUGGUGCUCAAACAACUUUCCUGAAGCCAAAGAGCAGCUUGAACACAUGUACAAGGAGGGAGCAAAAUGCAAUCCGGAUCUUGGGGCUUCCAUAGUAUUUUUACCUGGUUUUCUCUGUUUUGGCCACUCACUAUUCAGACAGAAUUGUACUCCUUAAUACAAGAUCGGAAUUACAGACGAUUUCGAUUACGUGGAGUUGUCGCCUGCAGCCAUUCAAAUAUGUGCAGUUGGCGAUGAAGAAGGCAAUCCUUAAGCGAUAUCAUGUAGGUCAUCUUUCUCUGUUUAUGUAGACACAUCUUGUGUGCAAAAUAUUAUCUUUUCCCCAACCUUAGAAAAGCUGCUUUCUUUAUUAAAUGUUCAAAGCUAUAAUAGUAACCAAGGUGAAAACAGGUUCAUCUAAGGCUCCUAGCUGGUCAAAUAUAAUAUAGUAGUGUAUUGUGUUUGUUUAAUUCGAGGUCAAGGCCAAGGUGGACAUAGGUUCAUCUAGAGUCUAGACUCAGUUGCUUUGUAUUUGCUAUCUUGAUUUCACUUUGUUUUAUGGUUUCCUUUUUCCUGUUAA